AUGUCUUUCGUACUCCGCGCGUCCUCCUCGUCCUUAGCGUCUCCAUCGAUGAGACAAAGCACUUUAAGAAAUAGCACCGAGGCCACGAAAAGUAUCAUCAGAAGCACUUCUUCUUCUUCUUCUUCGUAUUCCGCGCGUCGCACUCGUCGUCAUCAUCAUCAAAAUCAUCGCGCGUUUUUAGUCGUGAGAGCAACCUCCGGGGAGGACGACGAAGGCGCAGAGGGAGGAGGAGAAGGAACAGAUUCAGAAGUCAUCGAGGCGGAGUUUACCGGCGAAGAAGAAGGAGCACGAAAAGAAGAAACGACGAGUACUAGUAAACAAGAACAAGAACAAACUCCGGGGGAUUUACUUCGCUCGCAAAAAGAAGCCAAAGCGGACGAAGGGAUAAACAUUUUUGCCGGCGCGAGCGAGGAAGUUGGUUUAAUCGAAUGGCCGACGGCAGGGAAAGCAGCGCAAACCACCGGGGUGGUGAUUGUAGGAAUCGUGUUCUCCGCGGUGUUUUUGCUGGUCGUGAACGAGGUUUUGAGCACGCUGAGCGAGAAGAUUUUUAACUAA